AUGCUCCGAGUACUACAACAACCAGCAAUUGAAUUGGCAAAGUCGAUUUCCUACAAUAACCAGCAGUUGAAUUGGCAAAGUCGAUUUCCCGAAGACACCGACCUUCCGCCAGCGUACCAUGCCGCUCAGAUCCUUGACCCGUAUCGAAAAUGGGCUUGGUUUAGGCAAGAGUGGGUUCUUCCAAGCGACAAAGAGAAGCAGAGGUGGUUCGAUAACGCGCAACUGGCCGUGAAACAGCUCUGGGAGAUGGAAUAUAAGGGAAGGUACGCCGUUGAGAUGCCCCCGCCACCAGCCGAGAAGGAGAAAGGUCCGGACCCAGCAUUUGAUCGCCAACGGGAACAUAAGCGUAUUCGAAUAGAGGCCCCGGUCUAUGCGGCUGAUCUGUAUGAGCAAUACAUUUCUACUGACCGGCUUCAUGACGAUGAGGCAGGGUGCGAUGAGGCUGUUGCGUACUGGCUGUCCCGCUAUGACUCCCAGAGAGAUCUGGCUCGUUUCGCUCUGGACCUGUUCGCCAUCUCACCAAUGUCGGAUGAGUGCGAGCGUCUAUUUAGUAGCUCAAAGCUUACUAUCGUUGACCGGCGUGGUAGGCUGAAGGCAGAUAUUAUAGAAGCCUGUGAGUGUCUCCGUGCCUGGUAUGGUAAGCCCCAAGAUGAGGAUGAUAGUGAUAGCGAGGAUAGUGAGAAUGACAACGGUGGGAUCAAUGGAUAG